UACAUUCACAAAAACCAAUUCUAUAUUUUCAUUUCAUUGCUCACUUCCCUACUUCCCCACAAUCCGCUCUGACCCCUUCCUCCUCUUCUUCCUCUUCAUUCACCAUUUCCCUUAUCUCUCGAUCUUCCAAAAAACCAGAAAGAAACAACAGCACAACAGAACAAUGGGCAAAGGUGGUUCUUUGAGCGACAAUGUCAUCAAGAACAUCAUCCUCUCUUACACCUACGUCUGCAUUUGGAUAUUCCUCAGCUUCACCGUCAUCGUUUACAAUAAAUACAUCCUCGAUAAGAAGCUUUACAAUUGGCCUUUCCCAAUCUCCCUCACCAUGAUCCACAUGUCCUUUUGUGCCACCCUCGCUUUUCUCCUCAUCAAAGUCUUCAAAUUUGUCGAGCCUGUUUCCAUGUCUCGUGAGCUUUACCUAUCCUCCGUUGUUCCCAUUGGUGCUCUUUAUUCUCUCAGCCUCUGGCUUUCCAAUUCCGCUUACAUAUACUUGUCUGUUUCCUUCAUUCAAAUGCUCAAGGCCCUUAUGCCGGUGGCUGUUUAUUCUAUGGGGGUUCUCUUUAAAAAAGAGACCUUUAAGACUGAUACCAUGGUUAACAUGAUUUCCAUCUCUUUCGGGGUCGCCAUUGCUGCUUAUGGGGAAGCUAGAUUUGAUUCAUGGGGUGUGAUGUUGCAGUUGGGAGCCGUUGCUUUCGAGGCUACCAGGUUGGUUAUGAUCCAAAUCUUGCUUACUUCUAAAGGGAUCACCUUGAAUCCCAUUACUUCUCUGUAUUACGUUGCCCCAUGCUGUUUGGUUUUCUUGUUGGUGCCAUGGAUUUUUGUUGAGUACCCAGUUUUGAAAGACACGUCGAGCUUCGAUUUCGAUUUCGUCAUUUUCGGAACCAAUUCUUUCUGCGCUUUUGCUCUGAAUCUAGCUGUUUUCCUUCUCGUUGGAAAAACAUCUGCUUUGACCAUGAAUGUAGCUGGGGUUGUUAAGGACUGGUUAUUAAUUGCAUUCUCAUGGUCGGUCAUUAAGGAUACCGUCACACCCAUCAACUUAUUUGGUUAUGGGGUUGCAUUUUUGGGUGUUGCUUACUAUAACCAUGCCAAGUUACAGGCUUUGAAGGCUAAAGAAGCAGAGAAGAAAGUUGGACAGGCUGAUGAGGAAGGUGAGAGGUUGAUUGAGGAAAGGCAAGGUGAGGGAUCUGUUAAGUGAAACUAAACAAUCCCAUAAUUUAGAAACAAAUGGGGCAGUUGAUUUUUUUAGGAUAUGAAAUAUGGGAAGUGAGGUUUCAAAAUAAGGACUAAAGGGAGAUAGAGAGGUGUGGAUGGAUGAUAAUCAAAAGGGUGUUUUUUUAAUGGGCAAAAAGGACAGGAUAAAGAUUUCUUUUGCUCUUUUGGCUGCAUUUGAGUUAUGGGGUAUGCUGCUCUUAGGUCUCCGUUUCCAUAAGCUAGUUAUUAUGGCAAUUUUCUUUAGUAAUAUAAACUAUCAAGGGGUUGAGAUUCACAUCUGUUGCUUAUUACAUCCAUUAAUAUAUGUUAGGAGAGGAAGAAGAAUCUCAAACUCCCUGUAUUUUGUUUUUAUUUAUUUGUUUAUUUAUUUAUUUAUUUUUGUCUUUUCUGCUUUCAGAUGUUGACAAAAUGUUUCUGUAAGUACUCCUUCCAUUGUUGGAGUUUUUAUUCUUAUUUAUUGAUAUAUGUUUCUUUCUUCUCA